AUUUUUACAAUAUGGACCAUUUGACUUUGUGACUGUGGCAUCUAGUGUAAACCCAGUAUAAAUGUCAACAUUACUGAGCUCUCGUUUGUAACUAAAAGGGUUUUCAGUAGAGCAACUAUCGACCCCUUCCACAACCUCCCUCAAACAUAGAUCUGCUAAGAAACAAUACUGAUCAAUAUUACUGAUCAAUUUACAGCGCGUCAGUAACAAGGAGACAUCUGAUUUAUACCGAUUAUAACGAGGAAUUGAAGUUAUCCGGGUAGUUGACUCCGCAGUGAUGUUCCAGAUCAACAGAAUCUGCUGUAUAGGAGCUGGCUAUGUGGGAGGGCCAACCUGCAGUGUCAUCGCCCACAUGUGUCCAGAGAUCCACGUGACAGUGGUCGACGUCAACGAAUCACGGAUCAACGCCUGGAACUCCGACACACUGCCCAUAUACGAGCCAGGGUUGAAGGAGGUGGUGGAGUCAUGCCGAGGGAAGAAUCUCUUCUUCUCUACAGAUAUAGAUUCUGCCAUCAGAGAUGCUGACCUCGUCUUUAUUUCAGUGAACACCCCCACUAAGACCUAUGGGAUGGGGAAGGGGCGUGCCGCCGACCUAAAGUACAUAGAGGCCUGCGCUCGCCGCAUCGUAGAGGUUUCCGACGGUUACAAGAUCGUCACGGAGAAGAGCACGGUUCCUGUCCGAGCGGCUGAGAGCAUCAGACGGAUAUUUGACUCCAACACCAAACCCAACCUCAACCUGCAGGUGCUGUCCAACCCAGAGUUCCUGGCGGAGGGUACGGCGGUGCGCGACCUGAAGGAGCCAGACCGCGUCCUGAUUGGUGGAGACGAGACGGCGGAGGGUCAAAGGGCGAUCAGGGCGCUGUGUGACGUCUACGAACGCUGGGUCCCCAAGACCCGCAUCAUCACCACCAACACCUGGUCCUCAGAGCUCUCUAAACUGGCAGCCAAUGCGUUUCUAGCCCAGCGGAUCAGCAGUAUCAACAGUAUCAGUGCUCUGUGUGAGUCAACGGGGGCUGAUGUAGAGGAGGUGGCCCUCGCCAUCGGGAUGGACCAGAGGAUAGGGAGCAAGUUCCUGAAGGCCAGCGUGGGGUUUGGUGGUAGUUGUUUCCAGAAGGAUGUAUUAAACCUGGUGUAUCUGUGUGAAGCUCUCAACCUCCCCGAGGUUGCUUCCUACUGGCAACAGGUGAUUGAUAUGAAUGAGUACCAGCGCAGAAGGUUUGCGUGUCGGAUCAUUGACUGUCUAUUUAACACAGUGACAGGGAAGAAGAUCGCUCUGCUGGGAUUCUCAUUUAAGAAAGACACUGGAGAUACCAGGGAGUCUUCUAGUAUCUAUAUAUCUAAGUACCUGAUGGAUGAGGGAGCCAAGCUCCACAUCUACGACCCUAAAGUCCUGAAGGAACAGAUCAUCUUGGACCUCUCCCAACCACACAUCUCUGAAGACCCUCAUAGAGUGUCUGAGCUGGUCACCAUAUCAGUGGAUCCCUACCAGGCCUGUCAUGGGGCUCACGCUCUGGUCAUCUGCACUGAGUGGGACACGUUCAAGGAGCUGGAUUAUGAGAGGAUCUAUGACCACAUGUUGAAGCCAGCGUUUCUGUUUGACGGACGUCGGCUGUUGGACCAGCUUCACCCCAGCCUUCAGAACAUUGGCUUCCAGAUCGAGACCAUCGGUAAGAAGGUGACGACUUCUCGUAUUCCCUACACGCCCACGGCCGGAGUCCCUCGCAUCAACAUCAACCCUGAACCCCCGGCCAAGAAGAGCAAAGUCUGAGAGACACACACACACACACACACAUAC